UUGGAAAACAGCAGCAUGGACUCUCCGUAUGGUGGAAUUGCAGCAAUGCGAAGAGGAAGCUAUGACGACGCUGAAGCUUCUCUGCGCCCUCACCUCAGACACUUGGCUCACAGACGACGCUCUGCCCCGUCACUGGUCUUUGGGAAGGCGUUGGGGAUGUCGUGGUCUCCAAUCAGGGAGGAGGCUUCUUGUUGGGUCUCCGUGGAGCAGAGUCCAUUCGUCCUCGGCCUUACAAGCGAGAACGGGGAGCUGCUUUUGGACGAGGGCGUCCAGGUGACCGAGGGCUCGAAGACCAACGAGAGACAUCUGUUCCUCUUCAGUGACGUCAUUGUCUUCGCCAAGCUCAAGCCGAACGCCGGCUACCGUCUGAAGCACAGAGUGAACCUCGAGGACAUCUGGCUUUACGGUUUUGAAGAUGAACCGGAAGACGAGGAUGGACCGACAGGGGAUAUUGACCUCAGGGUGACCGCUGUCAUGGCCUGGGCUCUCACUUUUUGCUUGGUGUGUUUUCGCUCGCCUGAGGUUAAAGAACGCUGGUUAGAUACACUUCACAGGAAAAUUAAAGAAGCAAAAGACAGGGUUGGUUGUGCUUCUUCACCUCCAGACGUCCUCAUGAAGGUGUUGAGUAGCAGCAUCACGACUAAAACUCUAACAGGAGGCGGCAUGGAACCAUUCAUUGAGUUUCCACAUGAUGGCGAUGCAAAGACCUCUGCUCUGCCGAAGCAGUUACAUAACCAAGAGGACAAGCAGCCACAGCCCAAUGAUUCCAAGUGGAAGCUGGUCAGGAGGUUGAGAACGACCUACAGCUUCUCCAGCAAAGCACGCCGAUCCGAUAACGAAACCAAGACACAGCUGUUUGGACAGCCCCUCUGCAAGAUCUGCCCAGACAACAGCUCACUUCCCAAACCCAUCGCAGAGAUCCUGAUGUUGCUCAGGAAGAGAGGUCCGUCCACUGAGGGGGUGUUUCGGAAACCCGGCAACAGCAAGAACAUGAAGGACAUCAGGGAGCAGCUCAACAGCGGCCUGGAGGUGGACAUGGAGAGUCAGCCGGUCGUUAUGCUCGUCGCCCUACUCAAGAAUUUUCUGAAGGAAAUUCCUGGCAGCCUGCUGGUAGCCGAACUUUAUGACAACUGGAUGACAGCACUGGACAAUGAAGACAGCCGGCAGAGAGCUGUGGAAGUCAAAAAGGUGGUAGACACACUUCCGGGGGCCAACAAACUCCUCCUGCAGCAUCUAGUCUGCAUCCUCCAUCACAUCCUCGAAAAGGCUGACAUCAACAAGAUGGACGCCUGCAACCUGGCGGUGUGCAUCGCGCCCACGCUGCUGCAGCUGGAUGGCAUUCAGCUGGAUGAGCAGAAGGAAAAAAAUGAAAAGAUCACGGAGCUAACUCAGUUCCUGAUUGAGAACUGUGAGAUUCUUGGAGACAAUAUCCUCAAUCUGCUGGAUACAGAUGAAGACUCGCUGUCCUCUCAGCAUCAUGACUCUGCGUAUGACAGCACCGACCCAGAUGGAGAUGGAGAGGCAGGAGAGAGUGCCAGCUCCACACAUGGAGAGAUUGGGUCAUCUUCCUCCCUCAGUCCCAGCUUCACCAACUCCUCCUGGCCAGCCGAAGCCAUCUUCGACACAAAGCCAGGGUUCAACCGUCGCUGCUCUGAGCCCAUCAUCCUCCUCACACCCGACCUGGAGAGCGUCUGCAGUCACGCCAGAAGCCAUGACGACUGCUCGGUGGAGAGGCGGGACUUUGAGGAGCAGCCUCUGAAAAAGCAGAUCUCGGAUGAUUCCUUCUUGCUGAGGCGAAGAGAAGCGAGGCCGGCGAUGUCUUUUCCGAGACUGAGCUGCAGCAGCUCCAACAUGGAUCCACUGCCCUACAUGUCGAGCAGUCGUGUCAAAGACUCGUGCUCUUCCCUCGAGAGUGCCGCCUCUAACCAGUCAGAAGGCUCUGUCUUCACCAGCUCCCCUGUGCCGUCGCCAGCCUGCACCAGGAGAGCAAACAACACCAAUCAGCCUCCGAUGACUGCAAAGGUUCAGCAGGAAAUCACCAGACCGAUUACAGAUGAGAAGAGGCGUUCACAGUCCUUGAGAGUCCCCAAUAAAGUCCUAAUGAGGACAAGGAGCUUAGGCGCCUUUGGCAGGAGCAGCCUAAAGAAAGACUCUCAGAAGGAGAACUCCUUCCCAUGUGAAACUCUGCAGGAGGACUCUCAGAGUGAAGCAGAUUCACCGGCCGAGCCUCCGCACAAAUCACGGCCUCUGUCGGCCAUUGAAGUGUUUAAGCACGUGGACAGCAAGCUGCCCUGCAGGCCUCCGUCAUACGAGCACGCAGUGCAGAACACGAGUCUUCCGCCGCAGUAUGGAUCAAUGACUGUACACGAUGCCAUAGUGCUGGAGAGAAGAUCCCGUCCAUCCUCUGUAAAUUAUGACUUUCCACCUACGUGUCCUGUGAAUCAAUACAAAGACUGUUUUUCUCAAGCGGUGCAGGACGAAGCCAACAUCGUGGAGCGGAGGCAGCCUUUCCGCCAGAGAGCUAUGUCCGAGUCUGUGUCUGCAGGUCAUCGUGAGGUCGUGUCGCGGAGAUGCAGCCAGCCCGUGUUUGAGGAAUUUUCCUAUGCAAAGGAGUCUUACGUUUGAUUGACUUCGGGACUGUUGCACUGAUCGGAUUUUUAGAUAUACAAGCAUUUAUCUGAGUUGUACAUCAGUGGGCAAAGCCAAAGAACCCAUUUUCAGACUGCAAGUUAACAGCCUUGUAAGCUUCUUUUGUCUGAGGCUGGCUCUUUCUAACAUAGAGAAUCUAAUACGGCUGGAUUGUACAUUUUUUUUAAAUAGUUACAGAGCUUGGCUUCAUGGUACCACCUACUUCUUUCAUUACUCCUUCACUUAUCACCGUCCUUUUGUCGGUCAGACAGAGAAACUGUGUUUUCUUAAGGCUUUGUCCACUGUUCACUUAGAGAAAUGCUUGUAUAUGUACAUAAAGUCUGUUCAUAUUCACUGCUUCACUUUGAAUGAAUGUCACGUGCGUGCCGCCUCGAUGGUUGCACUUUCUCAGUAGUACUAUUUAGAGUACACCAUUAAUUAAAUAUGUAGAUAUCUAGUCUACCACUAUGAAGCUAUGAAAACACAGUUAGCUGUGGAUAAAAUAUGCUAUGCCUUUUGAUUUUCUAUGUUUUGUUUGAAGAGUUUGUAUUAUAGUAUAAAUCCUUUGGCCUUUCUUCCACUACAUUAAAACACUUUCUUGAUGAUGCUCUAUGCUUUGUAUGCUAAAAUGUAAAUAAAACGACAAUGCAAUAGAUACAGGUGGGUAAUCUUUGUCAUGCAAUCCCACCUUUUAGAUAAUAACAUAAGGAAAGUUUCACAAUAAAAGAAAAUGACAA